CGAGUGGCCUUGGUGGCCAGGCUCUGGCCCUCUGUUCUUGUGGAUCCCCUCCCUGUCCUCGGCCCGGGGUGGCAGACUGGUUCAAAGGAACAGACAGGAAGUCUUCUGGCAGUGGGCAAGCUUGGCAGGCUGGGCUCUUUCUGUCACUGACAACCCAGGUUAUCAACCCACCUCACCGGCACAGUGCAAGCUUAGGGUUGGCCAGUCUGGCCCCAGGCCCAGCUGACUUCCUGGUCCUUCUCCAGAGCCCCAGCCCACCUCAAUCCUCUUCCACGUCCUGGCAGUCUGGGUGCGUUUCCGCGCACCCUAGUCCCGGGUAAUCCCCGCCCACUGGAGGGGCGGGGCCUGGGGACUGUGAGGCGCGGGCACCGGGCGCGCCCCUCUCGCAGCUUCCGGCGGCGGGCGGUUCCGGCGCGCGCCUAGGGCGGCGGCGCGCGGCGGGAGGCCGUUGGGUGCGCGUCGGCCUUAGUGGACACUGCUGCGGUCGCCAUGCAGCUGACGGUGAAGGCGCUCCAGGGCCGCGAGUGCACCCUGCAGGUGCCAGAGGACGAGCUGGUGACCACAGUGAAGCAGCUGGUCUCAGAGAAGCUGAAUGUCCCUGUGCGCCAGCAGCGGCUGCUGUUCAAGGGCAAGGCCCUAGCAGAUGGGAAACGACUGUCAGACUACAGCAUCGGGCCCAAUGCCAAGCUCAACCUAGUAGUGAAACCUCUGGAAAAGGUGCUGCUAGAAGAAGGGGCCGCCCGGAUCGUGGCCGAACCCACACCAACACCUGUUUGGCAACUAGUGGCCAAAGUCCUGGCCCGCCACUUCAGUGCUGCAGAUGCCAGCAGGGUCCUGGAACAACUGCAGAGGGAUUAUGACAGGUCCUUGAGCCGACUGACACUGGAUGACAUUGAACGCCUGGCCAGCCGCUUCCUGCACCCAGAAGGGACUGAAGCUGUAGAGAAGGGGUUCUCCAAAUAGCAUUCCCGGAUGUCAGGGAGGAGCUUGAGGCCAGACCACAGCUGCAUGUUGCAUUAAAUGUGAUCUCAUGUUGCAGUUUGGCUCCUGAUAGUAACAGCCGGAGUGUGCCCAGCUCUUGCUACGUGCUAGGCGCCCCUCACGGCCCUUCUUCGCCUGGCUUCUCUCCCACCCUGCAGCAGAGGUGAGCCAGCACAGUGGAAGGGCCCGGCAGUAACGUGGACAAGUGCCUGGGGAGAGAAGGUGUGUGGCAGGGAGGGUGGGUUUUGGGAUACCAUGUCUGUACCUCCUGUGACCCAGCCAGGCCCAACAGGAACAGGUGGCCACUGCUACCCAGUGCACUCUCCUGACCUCU